GCUCGAAGGUGUGGAGUGGGGUCCACGCUGCCUCUUGCAUUGCCCUUUUAAGUCCUGCUCCCGUGAUUGCAUCAGGAGCGAGGAGGAGCCUGUGUGCAGAGGGUGGCAGUGGGUCGGUUCGCAGCUGGUGGCGAGGAGGCACCGGACUGAGGGGUGCGAGCGGUCCCGCUGCUGGGUCACAGAGCUUUGGAUAGUUUUCCAAAUGGCAGCGAAACCUUCCAGCAACCGGAGGAAGCCGGGAGGUGACCCGAACCAACCUGAGCCUCGGCAGGGAGCACUGCCUCCAGUCAAUGAAGCAGCCAGCCCCAGGAUCUCGGGAUCCAGGACCCAAACAGUGGGAGCACGACCUGGGCGCGGCAGCACCCCUAAACCAUCGAGUGCAGGAAGUUCUCCGAACCCCCGCACUAGCCCCAGAGCCCCUGGAACACAGAAAUCUACUGGCUCAACCAGCAGAGGAGCAAGGAGCCAGAGCAAGACUGCCCUGUCACCCACUGGAGGGGCCAGCGCCGAUUCCAGGGCAGUGGGCAAAGCUUCGGUGAAGCAGCCUGGCCAGGGGAGCAGCCCCAGCCUGCAGAAGAUCAACAAGCAGAGGGCAGCGCAAAUCGAAAGGGAGACCCGUGGGCAAAGGGAGAACCAGGAAUGGUUUAGGUGGCGCACUAACCGGAUCACAGCCUCCGUCGCCCACAAGAUCUCCCACUGCAAGUUUGUGAAUGGGAAGAGCAACGAGAUCCCACAGUCCUAUCUGAAGCCCAUCCUGGGCCAGGGCUCCAACGUGAUGACCUCUGCCAUGAAAUGGGGCAUUGACCACGAACCAGUUGCUGUCAAGAAGUAUGAGAAGCUGAAGUCGGAGGGCAGGCAGCGAGAAGUUGAAGUCCAGCCCUGUGGCCUGUUCAUUGACCCGGCAAAGAACUGGCUGGCAGCGAGUCCCGACGGGGUGGUGGUUGACAAGGCAACGAAGAAUGUCGUGGGCCUACUGGAGGUGAAAUGCCCGUACAAACACCGGAACCACACCAUCACCAAGGCUUGUGAAGACAGGGACUUCUGCUUGGAGAGCAGGGACAAACUGAAGAGGAAUCACCCCUACUUCACCCAGAUCCAGUGCCAGAUGGCAGUCAUAGGCAUCAGCAAGGCCGACCUGGUGGUCUACACUGACCGUGAUGUUGCUGUGGUCCCUGUGGAGUUUGAUGGAAAAUUCUGGAAGGAAACUGUGGAGAAGCUGGAAGAUUUCUACACCAGAGCUGUCUUGCCAGAAAUACGGCAAGAAAACCCAGUCUUGGCGAGAGAGGAAUAAUUCCGGGGAAACUUCUGGUGUCGCAACAUAUUUCAUCUUCCUGACAUUCAGACUUUUGAGACAGUUCUUUUAAAAAAAAAUUAUUUCCAGAGGUAAAGGUGACCUUUUUAACUGGCAAGAGCUUCAUUAAUCUGAAAUGUUUACUGUUUCUCUCUCCACAAAUGCUGCCUGUCCUGCUGAGUAAUUCCAGUUUCUUAUGUUUCAUUUUAAGUAUCCUGUGCUGUAAACUUGCCCAAUAAGAUUGAAAGAGGCGUACUUCCCUGAACUGCAGUCACAGUUUCUCCUGCAGGACCUGGUAUAUUAGAGCAGUAAUUACAAUAGCAGCGGGCUUGUGUCAAAUGGAAGCCAGCAAGGAAUAGUGCGUGGUGUACCCCUGUGAGAUUGUUACUGCAGCCUUGCCUUGGUGAACAGAAUGACCCGCAGGUGAAACCACCUCCAUUUUAAGAGGUCGGGUGUGAAAAGUGAAAGGAAAGUUACAUUUCUAUGUCCAACUAACGGAGGUGCAGGAAGUGGUCUGUGUCUUCAUUGCCUGAACAUUAAAUUGAUUUUUGUCAAUGUGGACUGCCCUACUAUUCAUGUACCCAAGGAACAGAUCCCUGCCCCACGCUGUUAACUAGAGGGGAGCUUGGGUCACCUAUCGCAUUAAACCAGCUGGCACUCUGUCACUGAACUACUCUUUAAUUGGAGGGAAGAACUCUAACUGCCUUGCUGUGAUUUUGUGUUUCUGUAUUAUGAUUUUGCCUCCAAUAAAUCCACAUGGCCUGAGUAUAACAA